AUGUCGGAAGGUGGUGUUCACCAACGCCUCGACGGCAGCUGGCUUGAGGGUCGCGGUUCUGGUCCGCUGGUUCGUCGUUUCUGUCCUUCCACGACCCGUCUCCGAACGACAUCUUCGCCAUCUCCCGCCCGCCCUCAACCGACUCACGCUUUGUUGCAACGGUUCAGCUGGGCCCAAAAAGACGGUACCUCUUUUCUGGUCAUCUCUGCUCACUCCACUCCUCGAUCUAUUUGCCCAUGGACUCACAGGCUCUCUCUCCUCGCAUCCAGUCCCUCUGUUGCCAUCCCGUCUACGGUACUGCUCCGGCAUCAUCUCAUCGCCCCGGCCACAAACAGGUCGCCUCGGGCCGAGCUCAGUUGUCUGUACAUUCGGCGCGUACAACUGCGAACAGCGACACGAAUUGUGCUACUGCUGAUGGGCACAAUGCUGAUACUCAUCAGCAUUUGCCCGUUUUUUAGCCAAUCAGAGAGCAUCUCCAUUACCGGCUUACGACUUGCAAUCGAUGGGAGAGACAAGUCAUGCUACCAACUGGCCUGCCGUUUGCUGCUACAACCCGUUGGUACCUCCUCCUUCGUGCGGCAUUGCCCACCGCUUGACCGGCUCUCGACAGACCCGUUGGGUGUGUUUACAGUUUAUGUUGUGGGCACGGGCUGCAGCCUCGUCUUCUCGGUCUGCCCUCUCCCAGACUGGCCUCUGUCGUCGAUUCGUGACUCUAGGGGGCCCUAG